GCACAUCUACACACGCUUACAUACAUGCUCUACAUGUUAUAUGUAGACUCAAAAUGAAUCCAUUGUGCUACAGCCGAGCCCUCCCACUCCCGCCUCGGUUGGAAGAGUCAUCCUUGCUCUUGCAAAUAUCUCAGUGUUGAGAUAUUAUUGCGUUCUGAUUCACAUUAUUUAUUUAUUUUAAAGACAUUAAAGCAAAGUGCAAAAGUCACUUUGCUGCUGUUUAGUUUGGAUUUAGUUUUUGCAUUCCAGUGCGCUGAGGAGGCGAUAAAAAGCACUUUUUUUGCGUUAUCGCUGUCACUUUAAGGGGGGACUGUUUGAGACAAAUCAUCCAGUCCCCUCGUGUCUUGCUCAGACAGCUCCAGUGUGUGUGUGUGUGUGUGUGUGCGUGUGUGCGCGCGUGUGUGUGUUCCUGUGUCCGUGAGUGAGAGAGAGGGAGAGAGACAUUGUAAGAAUGAGCUGGGAAUAAAAGCGAGCCAGAAGUGUCUUGUUAUUAGCAUGCUGCUCUGGUCACUGAGGCCCUUCUGCUUCUCCGCUUUAACGUCGUCAGACUUCAGGCCUGUAAACCAUCCAGCCUCCUACACUGAAUACAUCUACGAAGAUGUGAAUUUAAUUGCAAACUUAAAAGGAUGAAAAGGAUUGGCUUUAAGGCAACAGCAAGAAGGGUGAGUGCAGCAGCCCCUGUAACCGGUUUUGUCAGGGCUCAGCUUUGGAAACGGACCUGGCACAUUUCCUCACAUCCCUUUGUCAGCUUGGCUGCUUCUUAACACACUGUCAUAGUCUUCCUUGGGGGGAAAAAAACCUUGAAACGUCCGUAUCCCUCAGCUCCGAUCAGAGCAGAAGGAUCUUUAUCAACAAAAAAGUUGAACAGAUUCAGGAACGCGUCACCUUCGAGAUGCUCAAUCUCAACUCCCUGGAUGACAACAGCAACACGAACUCUGGCCACGACUUGGUGUCGCUGAAUGUCGGUGGAGAGGUUUACGCCACAACCCUGGACACGCUGACGCGCUGCCGUGACUCGAUGCUGGGCGCCAUGUUCACAGGACAACUCCCCGUGGUCAAGGACGCCAGGGGGAACGUUUUCAUAGACCGCGACGGUAAAGUGUUCAGGCACAUUCUGAACUUCCUGCGCUCCAGCUCCCUGGAUCUGCCUGAGAGCUUUACCGAGCUGGCUCUGCUCCGGAGAGAGGCCGAUUUCUUCCAGAUCCACCCGCUGCUGGAGGAGAUUCGCCGCUAUGAGGCCUCAGUUCCUCUCAGCCUUCGAGCAGGGCCCCUGGGAGCCAUGAUGAUCGUUAAUGUUGAGUCCAAGGUCCGUGUUCUCCACUUUAACUUACGCCACGGGCCCGAAAACUAUGAGCUCCGUACAUGCUCGGUCCCAGCCUUUACAGUCGACCUCUUUUGUACCUGGGGGGCUUUCCUAGCACUGCUGUGUCAGCACUUCUCCUACAGGACAACCCAGGGCCUCUCGAGCGUCCGUCCGUGGAGCCAGAACAGGAUGAAACUGGAAUGGGCGCCGAAGCCCGACGAACUCCCCCAGGAGCAGUACGACAAGCAGCGCUAUCGAGGGUUGAUCGCGCGCGGCCUGGAGACCACGCAGUCUGAGGACAUCAUGAACGCGCACAGGAUUCUGUGUGAGGUCACAGACAUGCAGGGGUUCGUGGAGGAGCUGCUUAAGGUGUCUCUGGCCGAAGGGUUCAGGGUUGAUGUUGUGACUCCUGACCCAGCAGAAAUACUUAACUGCACCUCACUGCGGCUGGUCAAGGGCUGAGCUCUGGCUGAAGAACCAAAGUAACAUUUAUUUGGUUUAAUCGAACCUUUUAUUAGUUGAGUUACAUUAAACUUUUUUUUACUAUUUCAGCAAUCUUCCUCUGUCCUAACGUUAUCACCUAUGUUGCUACAUUUCUUGAAAUUCUCCUAUUGUAUAUGAUGUUUAAACUGACUCUAGGGCUAUAUUUGCUUGCCCUUGCAACAGCUUACUGGUGGAGUCAGGUGAGUUGACUCAGACUGUGUAAUUUUAGUGUGGAGGAAGCAGUACUUCCUCCAUACAAGCAGUAGUUUGGGUCAGGAAAAGAUUUGUCUUGCUUAAAGAGGAAAGGUGUCUCGUUCUUAAAACAAACCCGGCCUUGUUUUUUUCUUGUGUUUCCUCUAUGAACUUCCUUCCGAGGCUUGUGUGAGGUACGAUGAGGGCGGAUGGCUCCGCAUCUACUACAGUAUGAUAGAAGGGGCGUGGCGGUGACCUGUGAUGCUUAACUCCCGAUCCUGUAGUUUAUUGCACUCAUCAACUGUGUGUUUUGUCUUCCACCACAGGAGCGAUACAGUGGAACCCCAACUUUCUAUGUCACGACUCCAUCAGAGGGAGCUCGGGUUCUCUCCUGAGCUUUGACAACACAUAUGUAGCAUAAGCACAACACAUUAUUUACUUAACACAGGAUACUGUACUUGAUUAUACUUGAUUUUUUUGUGAUUUUUACAUUGAAGAUAAUAAAAUCAUUUUGUUAAGAGGUGCCUUUACAUUAACACAAUGCUUCCUGGUAACAUCUUGUUACUGUUACUUAUAUCUGUGAAUUGUGUUAUGAUUUAGUGUUUAGCUACUGUUAAAGAUGCAAGGUUUUCCUUAACUGGACACUAAAGGUCUUAUUUUUAAUUAUUCACGAUUUUACCUUAGCCUGCCCCUGACCAAUAAAAAUAUUUCUUCUUAUUUUUGUAUUUGGGAAAAUAAAUAGAUCAGAUAUAUAUAUAUAUAUAUAUUAUUUUCUUUAUUGGUAUUUUGAUUUUGGGAAUUCAGUGUUUGACUAAAAUAGAAAAACAAUUUGAGGUUUGAACUGCAGUAUGUGGAAAAAAAGGAUUUGGAAUGUUUUCAGCUUUAAAGUUUUCUGUAUUUCUGUCUUUCAGAUUUUGCUACUUGAACUUUGUAAAAAUGUGUCAAAAUCAAAUGUGCCUUUACUUCAAAUGUAAUAAUUAACAGUAUUCAUUCAUUAUUGGUAUUUACAAUUAGUACUACACAGCUCAUACUUCAUAAGGAAAUUUUGUUUUGUUUACACUGAAUGCAGAGUUGCAAUAACAUAUUUCUACACUUGAGCGAAAAGAUGCAUACAUUUUAGGAUGUGCACUUUUAUGUUUCUGCAGUAACCUGCUGUACAUGCAGCAUUUAAAUGUGGGGAAUGUUUGGCUUUUUUUAUUGUUAAUACCAGGGUUUAUGGAUUUGUUUCAAAUAAAUGAAUGAACAAAUUACCAUAUAA